UCCGCCGGAAGUAAGUGCCCGGGAGCCCCUCAGCCGCAGCGUGACUCGUGCGAGGAGUUCCUUUGAGGAGUGAGGCGGUCGGACCCCUGGCUGGGCCUUUCCUGAGGCGAGGCGAUGGCGCUGGAGUCCGGCGGCGGGCAGAGUGCGCUCCUGGCGGGCUUCCGGGCUCUGGGCCUCUACUCCAACCACUUGCCGCACGUGCUCCGCUUCCACCGCCGCCACCGCGAGUUCUACUUGGCCGUCGCAGUAGGAAGCAGCUUCCAUACUUACAACGUAAAGAAGCUGGGCAUAGUUGCUGUUAGCAAUGCUUUGCCAGAGAAUAUUACAUGUUUGGCAGCGGACAGAAUGUUGGUCUUUGCAUCCUGUGGUAGCCUCCUCCAUGCUUUUGCUCGCAACAAAGAGGUUGUUCAUACUUACAAAGGACACAAGGCAGAUGUUCAUCUUGUAAUGCCAUUUGGAGAUCAUGUAAUCUCUGUUGAUCGUGAUAAUGUUCUUAUCAUUUGGGAUGUGCAGUCAGAAGAAGAGUAUAUGCAGCUGAAUUUUGAUAAGACUGUGUUUGGAGUUUCUGCAGUUAUGCACCCGAGUACAUAUUUGAAUAAAAUUCUUCUUGGUAGUGAACAAGGAAGUCUACAGUUGUGGAAUAUAAAAUCCAACAAACUCUUGUAUACUUUUCCAGGGUGGGGUGAAGGAGUAACAGUCCUUCAACAGGCGCCAGCUGUGGAUGUUGUUGCUGUGGGCCUUGUGUCUGGUCACAUCAUAGUGCAUAAUAUUAAGUUUGAUGAAAUGCUGAUGAAAUUUCAACAAGAUUGGGGUCCCAUAACUGCAAUAUCAUUCCGUACAGAUGGGCAUCCAGUUAUGGCUGCUGGAAGUCCGGUUGGACAUAUUGGGUUGUGGGAUCUAGAAGAGAAAAAACUCCUGGGCCAGAUGAGAAAUGCCCAUUCCACAGCAGUUGCAGGCAUGUCCUUUGUCCAAGGAGAACCACUUCUCAUUACUAAUGGUGCAGAUAAUGCUAUAAGGGUGUGGAUCUUUGAUGGCCCUGGUGGAAAUGGGAGAUUGCUGAGAUGUCGAAUGGGGCACAGUGCCCCUCCAACGAAAAUUAGGUAUCAUGGGCAAAAUGGACAUCAAAUUCUUAGUGCCGGCCAAGACAGUACCUUGCAGUCGUUUUCCACUGUACAUGAAAGAUUCAAUAAAAAUUUAGGACGUGGUUCAAUAAAUAAAAAGAAAUCAAAAAAGCAAGGCCUUCUGUAUGACACGAUGGUCCUCCCACCUAUUACAACAUUUGCAUCAGAGGUAGCCCGUCAGAGUGAUUGGGAUGGGAUCAUUGCUUGCCAUCAAGGUUACGUAACAUGUACUUCUUGGAAUUACCAGAAAACUUCAAUGGGAAUCCACAAAUUAAAGCCAAAAGACUUCAGCAAACAUAAACCUCUUGGUGUUUAUGCAACAGCAGUUGAUAUCACAUCCUGUGGAAACUUUGCUGUAAUUGGACUUACAAUAGGACAAGUGGAUGUAUACAAUAUGCAGUCUGGCAUUCAUAGAGGAUGCUAUGGCAAAGAAAAAGCUCAUGAAAGUUCUAUUAGAGGAGUAGCAGUGGAUGGAUUAAACCAGUUGACAAUCACAGCAGGAAGUGAAGGAUUGAUUAAAUUCUGGAAAUUCAAGACCAAAGAACUUGUCCAUUCUACUAAUCUCUUCUCUUCACCCAGUAAAAUGUUGCUUCACAGAGACAGUGGCAUUCUGGGAAUCGCAAUGGAUGACUUUGGAAUCAUUGUUAUGGAUAUAGAAACAAGAAGAAUUGUGAGAAAGUUUUCUGGGCACCAACGACAGAUAAAUGACUUGACUUUCAGUCCUGAUGGUCGUUGGCUACUAACUGCAUCCAUGGACUGUACCAUUCGAACUUGGGAUCUACCUUCUGGAUGCCUCGUUGACUGUUUUCUUGUAGAUUGUGCACCAGUAAGCAUCACUAUGUCACCUACUGGAGAUUUUCUGGCUUCAUGCCAUGUAGAUGAUCUCGGAAUUUACCUAUGGUCUAAUCGUUCCUUGUAUUCACUUGUUUCCUUGCGUCCACUUCCAGCAGAUUAUGUGCCUUCAGUUGUAAUGCUUCCUGGAACUUGCCCAGCUCAAGAUGUGGAUGUCACAGAAGAGGAAGAAACAAGUGAUGAAAUGGUAGAAUAUGAUUCUCCAGAUCAGCUGGGGGAAGCCUUAGUGACCCUUUCUACAUUGCCAGAAUCUCGAUGGAAGAAUCUUCUCAACCUUGAUAUUAUAAAGCAAAAGAAUAAACCCAAAGAACCACCCAAAGUGCCAAAAUCUGCACCAUUCUUCAUCCCCACGAUUCCUGGUCUUGUACCAAGAUAUGCUUCUGUUGAACAUGAAAAUGAUGGACAGCAGUCAAAAAUAGUUAACCUUGGAGUAUUGGCACAGAAAUCUGAAUUCCACAUACAGCUUGAAGAAGCCCUGGUAAACAGCAACUAUAAUUCUCCUGUUAGUAUUCUGAAAGGCUUGGGACCAUCAAACAUUGAGACGGAGCUGCGAGGUUUGGCGCCUGAAGGCGGUGGGUCCAUUGAGGUGAUGCAGAGCUUUCUGAGAAUGAUUGAGGCCAUGCUGAACACCAAGUGCGACUUUGAAUUGGCACAAGCCUACCUUGCAUUGUUUCUUAAGUUGCACUUUAAAAUCCUCUCCUCAGAGCCAACUUUGCUGGCAGAAAUAUCAAGGCUGUCACCGCAGCUGGAAGAAACACGGAUCCAUUUACAGACUCUUUUCAACCAAAGCCUUUGCAUUUUGAAUUAUAUUAAAACAGCUGUGUUAUAAAAGUAUCUUUUGUUCUGUAAAAAAAACAAGACAUUGAAUUCCCAGUUUCUUAAAAAAAUGUGUCUAAUAAUGGAUGUUAUACAUCAGGUUUUAUAAAGUAAGCUGUACAAUAUGACUUCAAUAUAUUUUGUUUCCAAAUCUAAGUAUGACUGUGUUACCUUUACAAGUUUGUAAUGAUUGUUUUUGUCCUACAUUAAGCCAUAUUUAAUAUGAUGACACACACAACAUCAAAUAAUAAAUCUGGAUUGUAAUUUCUUAAAAA